AUGGCGCGGCGGCCGUUCCUGCUGUUUGGCUUGCCCUUCCUGAGCGUCAUCGUGGGCGCGUCCUUUGUGCUGACGCCGGCGACGGCGAUCCGCUACGAGCGCCACGACCGCCGCGUGCGCACGCUCACGCGGGACGAGGAGCUCGGCGUGGGGAGGGCGGGGACGGGGAGGAAGGUGGAUAUUAGGGAGGAGUAUUACAGACUGUCUGCCAAGGAUAACGACAACUGGGAACAGAAGCGGGUGAAGCGGCUGAAGGGGGAGAGCGAUGGUAUCCUAUGA